AGCAGCAACAAUCAAGACACGCUGAGAUGUAUGCAGGCUAAUCACAAGGCCAUCACUCAUGGACUACAGGAGGCAUGCAAGACUCUCCUGACACCGGCAACAUCGUCGUCGCUGUACGCGUCAGGCCACUUAAUGCACGCGAACGCAGUCGCAACGCUGCCUGCUGUGUUUGUGUGGAUGGGAAAAAGACACAGCUAGUCUCAGACACCAAGCAGAGGACGCGCAAUGGCCGCGCUGCUGAAAAGGCGCAUUCAAAGAGCUUCACAUUCGAUCACAGCUACUGGUCAUGCGACAAGAGCGAUGCGCAUUACGCGGCACAAGGAAAUGUAUACGAAGAUUUGGGCGCGCCGUUGAUUGAAAAGACGCUACGUGGCUAUAAUUGCUGUAUCUUUGCGUAUGGUCAAACAGGCAGUGGCAAGAGUUACAGCAUGAUGGGAACAGACGAUGAACCAGGCCUUAUCCCGUUAAUCUGCAAACAGCUCUUUACGCGCAUCGAAGCAGAGCGAGGGAACGAUGGUCGUGAAGUGCGUGUGGAGGUGAGUUAUCUCGAAAUAUACAGUGAACGCGUUCGCGACCUGCUCAGUUCGCAUAGUAAGGGCAACUUGCGCGUCAGGGAACAUCCUUCGACGGGGCCAUAUGUCGAGGAGCUGUCCAAGCUGGUUGUCAAUUCGUUUGAUGAUGUGGCGCUACUGAUGGAUCAAGGCAACAAGGCGCGCACUGUUGCAGCAACAGCCAUGAAUGAUACCUCGUCACGCAGUCAUGCAGUCUUCAGCAUUGUUGUCACACAAAUCGCCGACUUCAAGAUGAACUCGGGGAACAGCAUCAAGACGGAAAAGGUUGCGAAGAUCUCACUCGUCGAUCUUGCUGGAUCUGAGCGUGCAACGAGCACAGGGGCUACAGGCGCACGACUCAAGGAAGGCGCUGACAUCAAUAAAUCCCUGUCGACGCUCGGUCGAGUCAUUCACGCUCUCGUUGAAAAGCAAGCCUUGCCGAAAGCGGCAGCGCGCCAGUUGAGUGUGCCGUACCGCGACUCCAUCUUGACUUGGCUCCUGAAGGAUUCACUGGGUGGUAACUCCUUCACCGCUAUGAUUGCAACCAUCAGCCCUGCUGAUAUCAGCUGGGACGAGACGUUGUCUACUCUGCGGUACGCAGAUUCAGCCAAGCGGAUCAAGAAUCACGCUGUCGUUAAUGAAGAUCCCAAUGCAAAGAUGAUUAGAGAGCUGCGCCAGGAACUGGAAGAGUUGCGCAUGAAAAUGAGCAGUAUGGACUCGCCUGACUUGGCGACUCAGAUGGGCGAGCAGAUGCUGACGAUUGUUGGUCCAGAUGGCGUACAGACCAAGGUUUCAAAAGCUGAGAUGGUCGAACGCAUGGAACAAUCUGCAAAGCUCAUGGCAGAGAUGAACCUGUCUUGGGAGGAAAAGAUGAGAAAGACACAGGAGAUUCAGCAAGAACGAGAAUCCGCCUUGGAGUCACUGGGAAUCGAGUUGAGUGCUGGCUUGAUUGGCAUUUCCACGCCGAAAAAGCUGCCACAUCUCGUCAACUUGUCGGAAGACCCAUUGCUGACAGAGUGUCUCGUCUACAACCUCAAGCCCGGGCGAACUAGAUGCGGGAACGUCGAAGCUGAUGCUGGCUGCGAAAUCAAGCUCAGUGGUUCUUCAAUCUUGCCGGUACAUUGCAUUUUUGACAAUGAAGGAGGCGUGAUCCAUUUGGAAGCCAUGCCCGAGGCAACAGUCAUGGUCAAUGGCCUACGUCUUGCCGGCAGAAAACGACUGCGCUCUGGCUAUCGUCUCAUCAUUGGCGACGAGGCCGUACAAGUCUAUCGCUUCAAUCAUCCGGAAGAAGCGCGUGCUGAACGACUUUCGCGGAUACAGACGGCAGAUGGCAAUUCGGCGCCAGCAACGCCUUCGUUUGAGAACAGUAGUCUGCGCCGCUCUGUCUUAUCACCGGAACCGCCACUAUCAGGCUCGGACGCGCGUCCUGAAUCCAGCACAUCGAGUUAUGCGGCAUUCACUAGCGAGAGUCCGUCACAGCGCACUAGCGAUUAUCUCUCUGCACGGAAAGAAGCUGCCAAAGCGUUGGUGGGCACACCAAUUGCGCUAGAAGACAUGCCGGACGAGGAACUCGAGCAGCUUGCCACCAAUCUUGAACAAGUCAAGGCUUCGCGAUUGUCGUUGAGGUCUAGAUCCAGCCUGUUAGGUGCUGACAUGCUCGCGAGCCUGACUGGCGGUGAUGAUUACCUGCUCUCUCCGACCUCGACUGAGAUUGAGACAGGAUAUCAAAGCAUAUUACGUGCUCCGGACAUUACACCGGCUGACCCGGAGGAGGAGUCGCGUCUUCUCGAAGCUCAAAAAAAGAGCGAGAGAUCAGUACGCUCAGCACUGGCCAAAUGGAAGAGUCACAGAUCGUUUGCUCUGGCUAAAAAGAUCCGCGAAGCAGCGGAACUCGUACACACUGCAAAUGCUAUGGCUCAACAACACGGGCAUAAUACGGCAAUCCAGCUCUCACUAGCGCCGGGUACUCUUGCGAGCGCCGUCUCGCCUCUUGAGAAUGACGCUGUCUACGACAGUGCACAGAGCGCGACCCCUGCCCUUGAAUCUGCCCAGGUGCUAGUCCGCAUCAUGGACAUUGACAAGGGACUUGUCUGUGUCCAGUCUCUUGAGAAGCUGCAGGCCAAGCUUUCAAGAUUGCAUGCCAUUACAGGACGCUCGGUCACCAACAGAAGUUCUAAGGAUGGCUUUCUCGAUAAGCCGAUUCCGCAGUUCACCCUCAUUGGCACAGCGAUGGUCAUGAUCCAGCAUUCCGGUGCCUCACAAAUGUUACAAGCCGAUGUCUACUCUCCACAUACCCAUGUACAUGCUGCCGUCUUGCAUUGUGAUCUGGCAGUAAGCGACUUUGACAGUACAAAACACACAGUGAAGCUUCAUCUGCGACAAUUGCUCGGCAUUCAAGAGCGAGAAGCAACCGCAAUCCACAUAUUCGCUUACUUUGACCACGAGCCAGAGAUGUGCUUCACGACGAAGGAGGUGUCUGGCUUCAGAGAUGGGCCUGUCUUGCUCAACAGUCGACAUGUUUGCACUGUACCGGCCAGCGCACUACCUGGCAAGAUGCACUUUCGUGUCUGGGGCGAAACAACGCGUGAGCAUGUUGAGAAGCUCUUGUCCUGGGAUGAUUUGCAAGAGGCAGACACGUCUUCAAUUGACAAUCAAACGCAGAAGUCAGAGCAGCACACCGCCGUUCUGUGCUCUAUCAGCAUUGCCGAGCUCAAUACACAAGGCGUCUACGAAGCCGUUGACGUUCUCUCUACUUCGAGCGACGAUCCGGGCUUCUUCUACCUUCAUCAGGGGCUUUCACGACGCAUCACAGUGUCUCUGCUCGACAAUUGUGGCAGCCAAAUACCACUGUCUCGCGUUUCGCGCAUGUCUGUGUCUGAUGUUCGUCUCGUCGAUGCGACAAGCGAUGAUCGCCGCGCCAGAACACCUGGCGCUGAACAAGUCUCCCUCAAGCUUAUUCAUUGCGGCACACCAUCUGCGCGGGAAAAGCCUAGCAGUGCAGCAGCAGAAUUGAAGGAUAUCGUUGCGCAAUGGGACUCGAGCGUGCACAACACUGCUGCAGUCGACCGUAUUACAGCUGUUGGCCGGUCAACGCGCAUGACUCUUCAAUUUGCUACACAAGACCUGGAUGGUCGAACGGCCGAGUGGCAGGCCGAUGUGACAUUACGUGUAUUUGGGCGAGAGCAGCAACCGACCCUGUUCCAGCGUAUGUUUGGGCAGUACCGUCUAGCGAAGUCUUGUUUCUUGGUUUUCGCUGAAGCAGGCCAAGGUGCUGUCAGUCAGUCUCCGGGGCAGCUACCGCCGAGAGGUUUAUCGCUUCUGAGAGGCUACGAAAAGAUGAGCAGGAUGCAGAUGAAUCAGCUUCAUCUUCAAGCACUGCAGGCUCAGACUUCGACGUCUAUCAAUACGCCUGUCAAGAGCUCAGGUGUAAAUCCUCCGCUAGAAGAGAUUGUCGCCUACUGGCAGCGCAGGACGCUUGCUAAUCUGCCUAUCGACUACGAGCGCAGGAUGCAGAACGCCUUGGGAAGCAGCCAAAGUCGUGUACAGUUUCUCUUGCAACCAAUUUCUUCUGAUGGACCGGCCCAACACGCUGGCCAUCUGUCGUCUCCGCGCCACCAGCUUUCCAAGAAAUGGGUUCGAGCAUAUAUGGUGGUACGCAACAAGCACUGGCUGUUGCAAUACGCACACUCAACACAAGUUGAGUUACAGGCCGUCUAUGACAUUCGGAAUGUUACGCAAUUUGUCCAAGAGGUGGGCAGUGCUACUGGCCGGCAUCGCUUUAAGCUUUUGCUGAAACCAUCUGACAACGUCUCGGAGACUGCACCAUUGACACUCCAAUUCGAGGCAGCCAGUGAAGUCGCCGUGCAAGCAUGGAGAAAAGUGCUUGAUCCUACUUUGAGUUGCUGAAUUCACAUGCAUAAUAGGGUCUUUAGUAUAUGAUUUAAUGAAACCAUAAUGAGCUUCUGUAGAAUGAGUGU